UAGUAAUAAGGUACUUUCUCAGCGAAUAAAAAAAAAAAAAAAUAGUCUCACCCUUACCGGUAAAGGUCUUCUACCAAACGAAGAUAAAAUAGCAGCAGUCAAGAAAUUCCCAGUACCUAAGACGCAGAAAGAAUCAAAUCAUUUCUAGGCCUAGUAGAUUAUUAUAGGAAAUUCAUACAAAAUUUCGCAAAACUAACAAAACCUUAAACAACAUGUCUUCAAAGGAAGUAAGAUUAAACUAACACCAGAAUAUACUCAAGCAUUUGAGAGAUGUAAGGAAAUUUUAAUUAUUGCACCAAUUUUGCAAUACCCAGACUUCAGUAAACCAUUUAUUUUAACGACAGUUCUUCGGACGUAGCUUUAGGCGCAGUAUUAUCACAAGGUGACAUUGGCACUGACAAACCAGUAGCGUACGCUUCACGUACACUAUCGGACACAGAGCAAAGAUACUCUACGAUAGAAAAGGAAUUAUUAGGUAUAGUUUGGGCAAUAAAAUAUUUUAGACCUUAUCUUUAUAAAAAAAAAAUUACAAUAUACACAGACCAUCGCCCAUUGACGUGGAUCAUGUCCAUCAAGGAUCCCAAUUCAUAACUCACCCGUUGGCGUCUCAGAUUAGCAGAGUAUAAUUACGAGGUACAGUAUAAGAAAGUAAAAUCUAAUACAAACGCAGAUGCACUUUCUAGAGUUCAGUUACUAAACCAUAACGAACUAAUACCUCAACCAAGUACUUCACGGGACACCACAAACUUAGCAGACCUAGAUUUGAGAAACAUAUCACUAUCUAACAUACCCUUAUAUAACACAACUAGUUUAAGAGAAAUUUAUUUAGAAAUAUGCAGUAACUUUUAUACCUUCAAGUUAAAACACAAUAGCUCUAUUAACACAAAGAAUAUAAUCAAACAAAUAGAAUAUAUGAUAGAUACUAUAGAAAGUAGACUACAAUACUUAGGAUUAAAAAUAGUAGGUUUUAAGUCAGCGUAUAGACAAAAACGCGGGCUAAUUGACGGUUUAGGCUCAAUAAUAAAAGCUAUAACAGGUAACUUAGAUCAGAACGAUGCCAUUAAAAUAGAUAGCGAAAUUAAACAACUGCAAACAACCGCUAAUAACAAUGCAAAGAAAAACACUGAGUAUUAAGAAGGAAUUUAUGCAGAACUAUGAUAACAAUUUGAAGAAAAUAAGAAAUAAUCAAAAGGAAAUCUGUAGAGCAAUAGACAGAUAUUCACAAAGAACAACAGAUUUGGAAACGAACUUUUGAAACUAUCAGUAUAUUUAACGAACUAGAAAGGUCGUUUCAGCAGCUUUACGAUAGGCUAGAGACACUAGAAACCGCAUUAACUUUCUCACACCUGGUAAAAAUGCACCCUAGUAUAAUAGAUCCAGCGUAUUUAAUAGAAGAACUAAAUUACAUACAAAAUUCAGUCGAUGUAAGUCUAGCAGUGGACCCCGACAUAAAGUACAUACACCUAUGGGAGAGAAUCAUCACGGUCAAAACUUACAGCACUAACAACAGCCUAAAUUUAAUACUGGAAAUACCACUAGUUGCAACACAAACUUAUAAUCUCCUACACCUGUAUUCCAUCCCUAAUGACAAUAACGUAAUCUUAAUACCCAAAAACCCAACCUUAAUCUUGGGAAAUGACAACUUCGCUUAUCCAAACGAGCCCUGCAACAGCAUAACAUUGGACAUCAUAUGCAAAUACCUACAAUGGCAAGAUCUACGGCAAUCGAAUGAUUGCAUAGCACAACUAUUACAACAUCAAGAACCACACAAUUGUACACACGCAAUGGCAGCAUUUGAGGACAACAUAAUACAACAAAUCAAGGAUAAUUAUUGGAUAAUCAUCCUAAAACAAGAGGAAGUAAUAAAAACCACCUGCGGAAACGAUAUCCAAUACCAAAGGAACAAAGGAGUUUUCCUGUUAACUAUAGACAGCAAUUGUAAAGUACAGAUAAGGAAUAGAAUACUAAUGACGCACCAAAAAUUUGUCAAAAUAAAAGAAACAAUACCUCUACCUCAUACUCAACAAAUUACAAGGACGAUUCCUGUAAAAAUAGACACAAAAAACUUGGAUUUAGACAACCUAAAAGAAGCCCUGAAACAAAUCAAUAGUGUUAAAAUCGAUAGCAAUAACACACCAAAUAUUCCGACCAUCCCCAGUUGGCUGUCUAUUGUUCAAUACAUCAUAACCCUAGCGGGAUCCGGGGCAGCUUUCUACAUCCUGUAUUGGAAACCUAAAUCGGCGCAAACCUCGGCCCAGCAACUAGCAGUCGAAGAUCCUCUUCAACAACCCUUGCGGCCCUCGGGACGCCUCAUUCUUAAGGGGGGAGGAGUUAUGUCACAGUAACACUAGUUUUCCCACGUAACCUAAGAGACAUUACGAUAACCUUUUAAGGUUAUCUUCCGUAAUUAAGGCAAGAAUAUUGCCAUCAUUAUGUAUAUUAUAUUAUCGCAUUGUAAACUAGAUUCUAAGAAACCCUUUGUCAUGUAAUAACUAUAUAAAGGAAAUAAAUAUUAGAUUGGCAGUCUGUAUCAGUUCGUCAAGCUGAGCACUUGUCUUUUUAAAAACCCUCCUGCCGUCGCCCACCUCCUAACUCGGGUGAUGUGCGAAAAUCGGCCGUGCAAAUAAACAAAAUUUAAAUAAAACGAAAAACGUAUUCACUCGGCAGGCCUCCGUACCUAAAAACGCACUGUUAGCACCAUUCAAGGUGGCAUACAGGGUGGCAAAAUACAAAGAAACUCAUACUAUUGCAGAACAGCUUAUUCUACCGGCUGCUCUCGACAUGGUAAAUAUUAUGGUGGGAGAAUCAGCUGAAAUAUUAAUUUCCAAGAUACCCUUAUCUAGCAAUACUAUCAGUCGAAGAAUCCAUGACAUUGCUAAGGAUCUCAAAUCUCAAUUACCAAUUAAUAGAAAAAAUUAUAAGCAAGGACAUAAGACUUGUUUACUGACUAUAAGAGAAAAAAAAUUAAAAAUAUAAAGAGGCAUAACAUUAUUGAAACAAUUUGUGAAGAUUAAAAUGUAGAAAAACUAUGAAUUUAAAAGUUAAUAAUACAUUUCUGAUCUUAUUACAAAAUCAAAUUAAGAAUGCGCCCAAAAAACCUAAAGGAAGAAGGUAUUCUUUAGAUCAAAACAUUAUGGCAUUAGUGCUGUAUAAAAAAUCACCUGCCUGCUACAGACUGCUUCGACGAAUGUUCGAAUGUUUAAAUAAAUUAUUGAAUGCAGUGCCUCUAAAAACAGGGAUCAAUAAUCAUAUAUUUGAUUCGUUAAGAGAAAUGUCUCAUAGACAAACCGAUCAAGACAACAUUUGUAUUUUAUCUUUUAAUGAAAUGACAGUAAGGAAACGUUUAUAUUAUGUGAAACUCGGCCAAAUCCAGGAUUUCGAAGAUAACGGCAAACAUGGCAGAAAUAAUAAAAUAGCCUCUAAAGCUCUGGUAUUUAUGUUAGCUGGACUUAGAAAGACAUUGAAACAGCUCAUUGCCUAUUAUUUAUCACUUACAUGGAAGCAUUAAUAAAAAAGAUUAGUACUUUCACUUAUGCAAUACUUAAACUAGUUCCCGUGCUUAAUGUUGACGUUCUUCUUACGGCAUACCAUGGAUUAGUUUCCUCGAAUCUUAGAUAUGGUGUAAUAGUUUGGGGUAACUCAACAGAUAAAGAACUAACAUUUAAGGUACAGAAGUAAUGCAUAAGUACAAUGUUUAAAUCAAAAGCUACUGAUAGUUGUAAACCAUACUUAAUAAGAAACAUGUGAUGUUCUGUAUUAUGUUCCGACUUUACUUUCCUCAAUAAAUGCCAACAACAUAUCACCAAUAAUUUGUUGCGUAUCAAAACGUGUGCGUGUAAUAGAAAAUUCGCGGAAGACGAUAAAAAGGGCCUUACAAAGAAAAAUUAAACUUUUGCAUAAUAAAUAAUUUUGUAUAUCUAUAUAUCGAUACCUUAAUCCGCAAACCAGCUAACUCCACUUUUUAUGUAAAAUACAGUUUUGAUGCAGUCUUCGCCUUAUAUGGCAAACGGAUGUUUUAAAAAAAACAACAACUCCAUUUAAUUCCUACUUUUUGAAUAAAUCGCUAUUUGAUAACCAGCCAACUACACGCGUAAGGGCAUUUCCACCAACAGCAAAAAAACAUGUAACUGUUGGCUAGCAGCUAAAAUUUUCAGUUUUGACUUUACUAUACAAUUUUAUAAUAUCAAGAAAGUCAUUCUGUACACUAACAAUUAAUAUCAGUGGUCAAACUUUUAUAUAUAUUAUAAAAAUUAUAAAUGUUUAUCAUAACAAGCAUAAUAUGUAGUUUAACAAACCAUGUUUUCUUACAUUCAAUUGAAUUUUACUAAACACCAACAAACAAAUCCGCUUCAAAUUAUUAUUUAUGCAAUAAAUGCACUUUACACAUGUCCCCGAUUAUAAUAUAUCCUCAACAUAUACGUCGUGGACAUAUUACGUUCUUUUUAUUGUAAUAUAAACGUGUGAUAAAAAACGGUCCUUACCAAAUCACUCACAAAACAUAAAUUCUGACGUUAUAAACGCAUCCUCCCCACUAUUUCAAUUAGUGCUGCGAUGCCAGCACGUCAGUACGCCGAUGAGCGUUGUGAGUGAUAGUCGUGGCGUAAGUAGUUUGACCGUGAGAAGCGUUCUUUCACCAAUUUCAAAAAAUUGACAUUACCUAUCUACUAUAAAAUAUUCUAGUAAGUAAACAUUUUAUUCGGUUCAUUAUUGAAUGUCACUCAGUAUAAUGAUGUUAAAAUUCUAUUGCUAGUGGCUGGAUACUGUAUGACUUUAAAUUUGGUGUAAAAUAAUAGAAAUGUCCAAAAUGUCAUUACCAACACCGUCCUUACCGUGGCACAUUAGAAGCCACGGUAUAAUAUUAAAAAAAGGGUCAUCUAACUAUUCGAAAUGAACCAUGCUGCCCAGUAGCCCUAAAUACACAAGUUACCACAAUAAGAAUAGGAUUAAGGGAAGAGGGGGUAUUUGAUUCUCCGAACAUUUCACUUAUCGUACGAAACGGAACAAUUCGUCACUUAUCGUUAGUUCUCUGUAAGGCAUCGGUUAAGUGCCACUAUUCAGUAUAUCAUCAAUUUGGUCCUUAAAACUACUAUACAGUUUAAGUCUUUAUGAAUAUAAAUUAAUUAUUACGUUGAUAUUUCAGUGAUUAAUACAAAAUGUCAAAGGGGAAUACCUCAGAAAAUAAGAAAAAAAAUAAAAUAAAAAGAAACGAUAUGAAUAUAUAAAACUUAAUGUUUCAGAGAAUAUGCAGAAUUACUGGAAAAAGAAAGGGAGCGUUAGAAAAGGAGAAAGACAAACAAAAAAGCUUAAAAGCGUAGCGGAGAUGACUGAAAGAGAAAAGAGAACAAUGAGAAAGCAAUGGAAACUUAAUAAAAAAAAAACUAGGGAUAUAAUAAAGCUAAGGUCUGUACCACACCAAGUUAACGUUGAAGAAACCAACAUAGUUAAUGACAUAAUCAAUAAUAAGGAAAAAGAACCUCUAGAACAAAACGAUAAAUAAUGAAAAGAGUCAAGAAUCUGAGUGCAAAAGUUUAGUAUAUCAGUUAAAAAGAAAAGUAAAACUUUAUGAACGAAAAAUUUAAAUUCUUCAGAGGAAAAACAAUUUAUAUAGAGUCAGAAUGCAUAGGUUAAUAAGCCAAAAUAAACCCAUACGAAAACCAAAGACGAACAAAAGAGUAUAUUUAACUUCGACGAUUUCCAUAACCUAUUAAAGCAGAACAUACAAAAUGUAAAAAUUGAAGUCGUUAAAGAUAUUUUUAUUACUGCAAAAUUAAAAAGUAUACCUCUUAUUUUGCCAAGUUUCAAAGGUACUCUUAAUGUGCAUCAAGUUCUUUGGGAUAUAUUCAGUGAUCCGGAUCUCACAUUUAGAAAAUUCAGUUGUUUUAGCUGCGGAUAGCUGCGGAAACACUGACGACAAACUAACCACACCGUGGACUUUUACAGCCACGGAAAAGCUGAAAUUUUAGAAUUUUAUUUUUAUACUCCCUGACGAGGACCACCUAUCCAGAGCAGACAUGCCGAGCUUCCGCACGCCGGUAAAGAAGACCUUGUCCCCACCCAAACGGGAAGCUGAAGAAGUAUCCCCCGUAGAGGCGGGCCCUUCUCGGAGUCAAUCAGUAGCCCAGGCGAGGCGCAGCAUCGAGUCGCGGCUCGAGACCGCGCCCGAAACCAGGGCUGCUCAAACCGCAGCGCCGAAGAGGCCUGCCGCGGCACCGGUAUCUAAGGUACCUCUGACUGCAACAACAACAGCGGACCGCAGGGUCAUGUCCAAAAGCCAACCAACACCUGAAACCGUAAGCUCCGGUGGGCAGGGCUCCCCCCGAAAGGGAAGCACUGCCUAUCUGAGCAGAACGGCCGAGGCCAAGGCGUGCCUCCUGAAAGCGAGGUUGCAAAUUAACAACAGCAGAAACCUGAAAACCGAAAUUAAGGUAGAGGUUAUCGAUGCCGCGGAACGGCUCUUCAGGCUGGUGAAAGACGCCGAGGAGGGGAAGCCGUACAAGGGGCGAACAGAAGGAGAAAAGAGAGGAAAGGAACAGGAAGGGACGAAGGUAGAAAAGGAAGAAAAAAGAGAUAGAGGACCAGCAAGAGACGCCCGGGAAAAGUAGCUCCUGGAAAAAUUGGAAGAACAUGGAAGGAUGCUGCAAGAGAGUAAAGAAAAGAUGGAAAGGAUGAGUGAAGAGGUCAGGAAGCACCGUGAAGAAAUGGAUAAGGCAAAAAAGUACGCGAGUAUAGCAGCCAGUCCACCAAAAGGCAAGGAGGGUGAGGUGACUGCGGCGCUACACUCCAUCGUGGUGACGUCUCAAAAUGAAGAGGAGACAGGAGAUGAGGUCGUCAACCACAUAAGGUAGGCGGUGAAGGCAAAAGAGGAAGGAUUAAGAACUGAUAACAUAAGGAAAGCGAAGGAGAGAAAAGUUGUUAUGUGAUUUAAGGACAAGAAUGAAAUGGAAAAGUGAAGGAAAGGCUGACAAGGGAGGGCAAGCAUCUUAAAGUGCAAGAUAUUAAAAAUAAGGAUCCUCUAAUCUUAAUUAAAGAGUUGUUAAACUGCCACACGGACAAGGAUAUCCUGGGCGCCAUACGGGCCCAAAACAAACAAGUUUUGGGCCAUAUGACGAAGGAAACGGAUCGGAUGGAGAUUCGUUACCGCAGACGGGCCAGAAAUCCCCUGAUGGCGCACGUGGUUCUGCAGGUGUCACCCUACAUCUGGAAGCGGCUCACGGAGGCAGGCGCACUGCAUAUAGACAUCCAGCGAGUCAAGGUAGAGGACCAGUCCCCCCUGGUCCAGUGCUCAAAAUGCUUGGGAUAUGGCCACGGGAGGCGAUUCUGCCGGGGCUCGCUGGAUGUGUGCAGUCACUGCGGAGGACCUCACCUGAGGGCGGAGUACCCGGAGUGGAUGGCGGCUGCAGCACCGACAUGUUACAACUGCCAGAAGGCGAAGUUCGCCGACACCGGGCACAACGCCUUCAGCUCGGACUGCCCGGUGCGUCAGAAGUGGGACGCGCUGGCCAGAUCCGCCAUAGCCUACUGCUAAGGUGGUCCCCACCGUCCCGGGCUCGGCGGCGACGGACGCGAUCUCUGGCUCGCGGCCAUACCUGGUAGCGCAGGCCAAUCUCCAGAGAAGUGCGCUUGCGACGCACGAAUUGAUGUCAGUAGCAGCGGAGAGGAGAUUGGCCUUUGCAUUGAUCCAGGAGCCGUACGUCAGAAGUAUCGGCCGAAUGAAGGACUACGGGACCGCCAGGAUCUUCCAGUGCGCGAAGCGGGUGGACGGACGGGUCAAGGCGGCCAUAGCUGUCUUCGACGAUGAUAUGGACGCCUUGAUCUGCCCAGAAUACACCACGACCAAUAUAGUUGUGGUGAAAAUCCGCACCAGCGCCUGGGAGAUGGUGGUGGUCUCGUACUACUUCGAACCGAACGUACCGGUAGACCGAUACCUCGACCAGCUGAGGGGCGUCUGUCGUACGCUGGGUCUGAGACGCCUGUUAGCGGGAGGGGACGCCAACGCAAAGAGUCUAUGGUGGAGCCAGGAGAUCGACCGGAGAGGAGAGGAGGUGUCCGGCUGGCUGGAUGAGGCGGGCCUCCACGUGCUGAACGAAGGCAGCACGCCGACGUUCUUCACGGUGAGAGGAAAUAGAGCCUAUUCCAGCCAGGUAGACGUCACCGCCUGCUCGGUCGAUCUUCGGGAUAGAAUCUGUGACUGGAAGGUCGAGGAGGACCUGACGAGCUCCGACCAUAACACCAUCACUUUCAACAUCAUCCUACAGAAAGGCCAAGGGAUCGCAAUAAACAGCACAACCAGGAAGUAUAACACAAAAAAGGCAAACUGGGCGACUUUUGGCGAUAAAUUCAAAAACUACCUCACUGAGUAUAAAAUUAACAAAAGAGAAAUAGACAAAAUUAAUAGCAUUCAAAAUUUAGAAAAUCAUAUAAUAAAAUACACAGAAACAGUAACUAAAACCAGUGAUGAAAGUAUACCGAAAAAGAAAUUAAAUACAAAAUAUGCGAUCCUUUGGUGGUCAAAGGAGUUCGACAGGUCCAAACGCGAGAUGAUGCGGCGUAAACGCCGCAUCCGUUGGGCGGCACCUGUGAUGAAGACGUGCGUCAUACGGGCAUAUAAAGAGGCUAAGGAGGCCUAUGAAACCCUGCAAAGAAAGUCCAAUAGCAGAGUUUGAAGGACUUCUGUGGAAAGCAGACAAAAGGACUGUGGGAUGGGAUAUAUCGAGUAAUGGGCAGGUUGACAGUAUACAAACUUACACUUAAGGAUAUGAUACUACGCUGUUAUGAAGCUAACGAACCAAACUAUAGGUUUUAAUUUAAAUUUGUAUAAAAAGUUUGAAUACUUAGUUAAAAUGUUUAUUUCAAAGGCGUCUUGAACAUUGAUGCAGUUUAUAAGUCCGUCAGUGUAGUAUUGUUAAAUUAAAACAUAAACCAAAAAAAAAAGAAAUACAAAAAUAAAAAAAUAUAAAUAAAGCAAAAAAUAUCCCUUGUCGUGGAUAGGGGGAACGAGGGAGGGACGUAGAGUCCCUCAAAAAAAAAAAGUACUCGACCCACCGCCACCCUCAAAAUCGGAGGCCGGUAUACCGCCGACGGGGAAGAAACAGAUGAGGCGUCGGCACAUUUAUCCCGACGAUGGCCCGGACAUCGACCCCCGACACAUCUCCCUCAGAUCCUCUUCCCAUAAGGGUAUAUACGGGGAGGGCCCCGACUCACCUGACGAUUAUUCUUUAACCGCCGACGAACACCGCUAGAACACCUCGGGCACCUGAACGCAAAAAAGGCUCCCAGGCCGACGGCCUAACGGCGGAUAUCUUUCUACACUUCGCGGAGGCCUAUCCAACCCUGCUGACAAACAUCUUCAAGCUCUAAAGUAGAUGUCGAUGAUUCCAGUGUGUUUAUGGCAAGUUUAGUUCCAAUAAGACUACAACGGAAUGAUAGAACAGUGUUAUGGGAAAACAAUCGACCUUCAUCCACAUUUUACUGUCGUUAAAACUCAAACUUCUAUAGCAGCUAUAAAGGCCGGUAUAUCAGGAGAAAUCGAAGCACUCCAGCCAACUUACAUCCAAAAAAAAAUAGUCUAUGAACUGAUGACAAUGAUUGACGGCAAAAUAACUUCAUAUUUGUCUGAUACUUCAACAGCAGUUUGUGAUAUUUGCAAAGGCAAACCGACGCAAAUGAACAAUUUAGAAUCGCACAAUCUGCGAGAUAAUGAUGAAGAAAUGCGCCAGUAUGGAUUAUCAUCUUUGCACGCCUGGUUAAGAUGCAUGGAGUGCCUACUUCACAUAGCUCUUCGUUUGAAAGUUAAGAAGUGGAGCUGCAGGGGGUGACGAUAUAGAUAAGAACAGAAAGUCUUGCAAAUGCAAUACAACAAGCAUUUAAAGAAGAAUGCGGUUUAUUAAUUGAUAUAGUAAAACAAGGAACAGGCAGUACUAAUGACGGUAAUACUGCCCGAAGAUUUUUAAAAAAUAAAGCCACAACAGCGCGUAUUACUGCCAUUAAUGAGCCACUCAUAGAUCAUUUUUAUGGGAUUCUGCAAGCCACUGCAUCUGGAAAGCGUGUUGAUCUUACUAAAUUCUCUUUAUUCUGCAAUGAAACCGCAGAACUAUUUGUUAAAUUAUAUCCUUGGUAUUAUAUGCCGUCCAGUGUACACAAAUUAUUAAUACAUGGGGCUGAUAUAAUUAAACAUUUUGGGGCCAUACCCAUUGGGAUGCUGUCAGUAGAAGCCGCAGAAGCACGUAACAAAGAAUUUCGAAAUUAUAGAGAAAACCAUUCCCGAAAAAUAAAUAGGGUAGCGAAAAAUGAGGAUAUCUUACAUAAUCUUCUUUUGUCGUCUGAUCCAAAGAUCACUAGCCUUAGACCCCACAUGACGAAACAAAAUGUAUAGAUACUCUCUCCAAAAGCCAAAGAGCUUCUGCAUUUGCCAACAGAACCGGAAGAACUAGAAUUUAUUAAUGUAGAGAGUAAUUUACAAAAUACUAAUGAUAGUAGAUAUAGAUAAGCCUUUUUUUAAUUAAAUUAUUUGUUGGAAUUUUCUCCCAAAUAUUAUUGUUAUCUUUAAUAAUGAUCAAUUUAUAACAUAAUUUUAUUUAAUAAGUGUUAAAUUAGCUCAAGAUAAUUAUAAAAAACGUUUUGAAAAAUAUAAAAUAUUAUCAUUUUUUUCCACCUAUAUGGAAAAGCUGGAAAAGUGGCAGGUCGAUGCAGACGUUUGAAGUGCUUCAGUAUAGUAGAACAGACCAAACUUAAUUAAAAUAAGGUUUCAAAGCAAGGCCUCACAGGAUUCCGUAGAAAAUUAAGUUUUUAUAGUGCAUUCCAUACAUCAAAAAGAAAUAUUUUUUUUAUCCAAAACUUUAAGGUUUAAGAAAAAAAUACUAAUAAUGAUAAUUGUAAAGGUUAAUAAUAUCUAACGAUCAGCACAAAAGGAAAUUUAAAAAAAUGAAGUUAAUCCUAAGUCACUAAAAUUGCCUUUUCAACUACCACUGUGCGCCGUCACGGUGUCCCUGGAUCUUCAUCAAGGCGGCGUUUGACAAUGCCAUGACGCUGUUGCAUCAGCUAAGUGGCUGCCCAAAAAACAUCUACGGGCUCAUUCUAAGCUACAUAACAAACCGUAAAGUUCCUCUGAGCCACGCAGGAGUGCGUGUCUCCAAGGGCAUGUCCAAAGGGUCCACUUGUGGGCCAAUUCUUUGGAACCUUAUCCUCGACGAGCUCCUGGAUAAACCACUUAUUCAAUCCCGGAUGUCACCUGCAGGAGUACACGGACGGCGUACUGCUCGUAGUCUUGGCAAAAGAUGCGGGCAAACUCGAACGCUGCGCCAACCUGGCCCUAGGCAUCAUCGCCGAAUGGGGUAGGAGCGUCAAGUUCAAGCGUUUGGUGCACGUAAAGCUCGGAUAGGGUCUUGUUUUAGUCUCUCCGGAUCAACGAGGCCCUACUGUAAUACCUUUUUAACUCAGGUACUAUAAAAUGCUAAAAUGAUUCCGUAUAAAUCUAUUAUACACUUGCUGAAGUAUACCUAUACAUGCUGCAACAAUACUUUGAGCGUGACUUAUUUAGAAACUAAAUGUUUUGGUUACAAAGACAGAGUUUUGCAAUGUAACAAUUUUGAUGACAAUGACACUAUAAUAUUUGAAAGGUGGAUCAUAAAAACAGUUCCAGUGAUAAUUAAAAAUUCUUCAAAGCAGCGUCGUAAAACGAUCAAAGAAAUAGUGCCAACUACAAAGAAAGCACUUUCCUUAAUUGCAAACAUGAUUCUUCAAAGGAAAACCAUAAAUCUUAAACAAAAUUUGUCAUUCAAUGAAGGAUUACUCCAUAUAGAUUUUCCUGUAGGGAUACACUGUAUGUUGCAUGGAAUUUAUAUUUUGCUGAACGUACAUUUUGUAGCUGCGCGGGAGUGUGCCCGACAGCCGUAGUCAGUCGUUUCCCGUCACCCGCCACGCUAAGCCAUACUAGACCGUUGGGUACCGUACACAUUCUAAGUACUAAGUGGUAACUAAAGUAACAAAUGUAAAAGUGGUGAACAAUAUAGACUUUAUUAUUUC